AUGGGUCGGAGGAAGAUCGAGAUUCGGGCGAUAAAGGAUGAUCGCAAUCGCUCAGUGACGUUCCUCAAGCGCAAGGGCGGCCUUUUCAAGAAAGCCUACGAGUUGUCGGUCCUCUGCUCCGUCGACGUCGCGGUCAUCAUCUUUGGCCACAACAAGAAAUUAUACGAGUUUUCGUCGGGCGACAUCAAUGAAACCCUGCGGAGAUAUCAAUACUACGGACAACCUCACGAGCACAAAGGGCCUGCCGACUUCAAGAACAAGGGCGGUGGUGGUGAUGACGACGAUGACGAUGACGACGACGUUGGGGAUGAGGCUGCUCAUGGCCGAGAAGAGUCCCUCCCGCCUCCACACAGUCUUCCGCCGCAGUUACACCACAAUUCGUUUGCACACAUUGGCCAACCCAUGGCCUCAGUCUCCCCUCCAAUGCCCAACGGCAUGUUCCAGCCUCGACACGGAACCCCCCAGCCGCCGCAUAUGAUCUCCAGACCCCCAUCCCAGAACAUGAUCCGACGCACGAGUUCGAAUCUGGUGCCCAUGGCCCAUCCGCAUCCCACACCUCCUCCGCCGCAGAAUGGCUUUGCCUACGUGCCCAAUCCACCCAUCUACAAUCCUCAGGCCACUCCUCCCAUCCCUCCUCAGUCCUCUCCUCAACCCCAGUUCCAACCAUUUUCUCAGCCGCAGCAACCUCCCCAACCACCUCCUCAGACGCACCAGCAAUUACAGCAAGCCCAUCAGCAAUAUUUGACAGAACAAAGACGACACUCGCAACCCCCACCGGUUUCGCAGCCUCCAUUACAGCCUCCACCGCAGCCACAGCAACAGCCUCGCGCCUCACCUCAACCCGAGUCACAGAAUCUCCGCCCACCCGAGCAAGCCAGUCCACCCCAACCGAAACAUCUAUCAUCAAAGUCAAGAAGUAUAUUCACGCCCAUCGAUGAAGGAGGUUCCGUGCUAGCCCAGCAUUUCUUUGGGGCGCCAGACCCCAAGCCACGGACAAAGAGGGAAGAAGAUUUACCAGAUAUCAAACCGCCGCCGCGCAGCAUCACCGUCUCUGCUCCUCCUCGACCUAGUUCACAGCCAUCUCGUCCACAAGGCACUAUUCCCGAAUUCGCUCCACCUCCAAGAACGAACACGUCCGGGUCGAAAUCGGGUGCUCGCCCCAAGCUCAACCUCCAAAUACCGUCUGAAGCCGAAGACAGUGAUUCAGCCGUAGGAGGGUCGCCAUCGCAAGCGGCCAACGCCUCGGCCAACCCAGCCCGAAGCGGCGAACACAUUGUUCUGCCACCUCCUUCCCCGAGUGCUUCGACCGUCAUAUCAGCCGGAGCUGUAGGGCCCCCCAACCCCUUCGCUCGACCGCCGCCCCCGACAUCAAACGCCAAUCGCGAUGCAUUCAACGACAACCGAAAUAACAAUGUCGAAACUCCAAUCUCGGCAUUGCCCAGUCGGUAUAUGAACAUGGAUCUUUUACCGAGUCCGAGUAAUUUCUUCAGCGAGUGGGUUGACUCAUCGAGGAACGGGCUCGGUUCUGCGGUGUUGCCCAGUCCAUUGGUUUUUCCAACGCCGGCCGACCCCCGGGGUCUAGGCUUCGGAAGUAGAGAUGCGGCGAGAGAGGCUGCUGACCAGGCGAAUGGGGAAAAGAGGAAGGGAAGUAUAGAGUUGGCGGAGAAGGAGGGUGACGCCAAAAAGGUCAAGACGGGUCCGAGCUGA